AUGGAGAGCCUAGUAGAAGCAUGUAUCAAGUCGACAAACGUCACACCUCGAUGGCUACCAAGCGGAAAUACAUUCUGGUACAAGCAAAGCCAUGAGCCAGACAAACAUCAGUUCUUUUUUGUCGACAUUGUUCAGAAAAGCCGAGAGCUUGCGUUCGACCACAAACUGCUCGCCGAGGUCCUACGACAAAAGACAAACGAGGAUGUCAACGACUUGGCCCUGCCUUUUACUUGGAUUGAGCCUGUACCCGAGGAAUCAUGCAUUCGAUUCCGUUUCGAUAACCGCAAAUGGCAAUUCGGCCCAGACGACAAACUUGAAGAGUGGAAUGGAGACUUUGAAACAGAGCCAGAGGGUUUACUCAAGAAAGAAGUCGCCUCCUCGCAUAGUCACAUCGCUGUCACGGUUGAUUUCGUAAACCGUACUGGAAAGACACUCAAGGUGUACUGGAUCGACUGGGAUGGAAAGCCUGUAUACUACAGGACAAUCAAGAACGGUCAAACGAAGCGUCAAAUUACCUAUACAGGUCACGUGUGGCGACUCGUAGACGUCUCAGAUGAGAAGUUCAGGGCAGUCUUUGAAGCACCUGACGUGGGGAUCCAUGCUGCUAUCAUUGAAGAUCUCAGUGAUUCCAUUCCAGAAGCAUCCCCGUCUAGUGACGAUGGAAAGUCCGAGGCUGAUGAGGACACUGCUGAACUCGAGAAUGGUACCUGUCAUAUCAAAGAGUUCAAUCUUUGGUACAAGGAUGACGAUGGCCAAGACGUUCAACUGUCCAAGGACGGCACUAAAGAGAACCGGUUUGACAAGGGCCGCAUAUAUCUGUCACCAGAUAAGAAAUAUGUAGUUGCGUGGCAGUAUACUCCAGCACAAGACCACAAAAUCAGCCUAGUGGAAUCGUCUCCAAAGGACCAGAUCGAGCCGAAACUCCAUACAAAAAAGUACCUCAAACCAGGCGACCGUGUGAGGAUAGACAGACCUCGCCUUUUUUAUCUCAAGAGCCGAAACGAAGUUCCAACCGACAAUACGCUCUUCAAGAACCCCUACAGCCUGAAUCACCUCAAGUGGAAGGAGGACAGUGCAGAGUAUCUCUUCUACUUCAAUGGACGUGGCCAUCAGAAUGUCAGAGUGAUCGGUAUCGGUGUCGAUGGCAAUGUCAGAGUAAUUGUUGAGGAAACAAGCAACACUUUCGUCGACUAUACAAAGACAUACUACAAAUUCCUCAAGGAGUCAGACGAACUUCUGUGGACGAGUGAGCGAGAUGGGUACAACCACCUCUAUCUCGUUGACAUAGCCACCGGCACUAUCAAAACACAAAUAACAAAGGGAUCUUGGAUGGUCAAUGUCAUAGAGUUUGUGGAUAAAGAUGCGCGUCGAAUAUGGUUCCAAGCUUAUGGACUCAGGGAUAGUGAGGAUCCGUACCAUGGGCAUUUAGCACGAAUCAACUUUGACGGAUCGGAUUUCAAGAUUCUCACAGAGGGAGAUGGAACUCAUUCCUGGACGUUAUCUCCUGACAAGCGAUACUUGACAGACACGUGGUCAAGGGUUGACUCUCCACCUACAACUGUCCUUCGUGACGGCGAAUUGGGAGAGCUGAUAAUGGAGCUUGAGAAGGGUGAUCUAAAAGACUUGGAAAACAAAGGAUGUUCUUUGCCAGAAAGAUUUGUUGUUCCUGGCCGGGAUGGUGAGACUCUCAUCUACGGAAUCAUCGUCCGCCCGGCCGAUUUCGACAGCACUAAGAAGUACCCUGUUCUGGACGAUAUAUACGCCGGACCGCAUGACUUUCAUGUCCCCAAAGCCUUUACGCCUCUAUCGCGUGAACGACUAUGGGCUGAUAAAGGCUACAUCGUGGUAGUGAUCGACGGAAUGGGCACGGACUGGCGCAGCAAAAGCUUCCACAAUGUCUGCUACAAGAAUCUCCACGACUCAGGUCUUCCAGACCAUGUUGCCUGGCUAAAGAGCGCAGCAUCAACUCGACCAUGGAUGGAUUUAUCUCGUGUAGGAAUCAUGGGAGGCUCAGCAGGGGGCCAGAAUGCCGUAGCAGCAAUGCUUCAUCACAGCGACUUCUUCAAAGCAGGCAUAGCAGACUCGGGCUGCCACGAUAACCGUAUGGACAAGAUAUGGUGGAAUGAGCUAUGGAUGGGAUAUCCAGUCGAUGAAGCAUAUGAAAGGUCGUCCAACAUCACACAUGCUUCCAAACUUAAAGGUCCGCUUAUGCUGAUCGUGGGAGACCUUGAUAAAAACGUUGACCCGUCUUCAACGUUUCAGAUGGCCAACGCUUUGAACAAGGCAGGUAAGAACUAUGAGUUUCUGUUUAUUCCUGGGGGUGAGCAUUGUAGUGGCGGUGGAAAGUAUGGACUUGCCCGUCAAGCUGAGUUUUUCAAGCGAAAUUUACAGCAAGAAUCGACAUUCCGAGUAGAUAUGUAUGAUGACUCUACUUAA